AGUCUGUAUGGAAUUACCUGCGCCCCCGGCGGAGCUGGCAGCGGUGGAUGGAUGGGCGCCGCGUCCGCGGCACUCGCGGCCAGCUGAGCCCCAGGAGUAAACACGGGGCUCCUCCGGCCGAGUGCGCAGUGUGGUGACCGGCACUCGCCUCGCUGACUGAUCGCACCGGAGGAAUAUUUCGGGAGACUCCUGUGGGAAGCAGCCACGGAAAGACAGAAGAUGAAAGCUCCUAUUCCCAACUUGAUUCUCUUGUAUGCUACUCUGACUCAGAGCCUGAAGGUUGUAACCAAAAGGGGAUCAGCUGAUGGAUGCACUGACUGGUCUGUGGAUUACAAGAAAUAUCAAGUUCUAGUGGGAGAACCUGUUCGUAUAAAAUGUGCACUCUUUUAUGGAUAUAUUAGAGCUAAUUACUCCCUAGCCCAAAGUGCUGGACUUAGUUUGAUGUGGUACAAAAGCUCUGGACCUGGAGAUUUUGAGGAACCUAUAGCUUUUGAUGGAACCAGAAUGAGCAAGGAAGAAGACUCCAUUUGGUUCAGACCAACAGUGGUACAAGACAGCGGGCUCUAUGCAUGUGUUAUAAGAAACUCAACUUACUGUAUGAAAGUGUCCAUUUCGCUGACGGUGGGUGAAAACGACACCGGACUCUGCUACAAUUCAAAGAUGAAAUAUUUUGAAAAAGCUGAACUUAGCAAAAGCAAGGAAAUCUCAUGUCCUGAAAUUGAGGAUUUUUUAUUUCCAUUUAGGGAGCCUGAAAUUCUGUGGUAUAAGGAAUGCAAGUCAAAGACAUGGAGAUCAAGUAUUGUGUUUAAAAAGGACACUCUUGUCAUUCGGGAAGUUAGAGAGGAUGACAUUGGAAAUUACACUUGUGAGCUAAAAUAUGGAUUUUUUGUUGUCAGAAGAACUACGGAGUUGACAGUCACAGCGCCACUAACAGAUAAACCACCAAAGCUUUUACACCCCUUGGAGAGUAAGCUAACAAUUCAGGAGACCCAGUUAGGUGGUUCUGCUAAUCUAACCUGCAGAGCUUUCUUUGGAUACAGUGGAGAUGUCAGUCCUUUAAUCUACUGGAUGAAAGGGGAGAAGUUUAUUGAAGAUUUGGAUGAUAAUCGAGUCUGGGAAAGUGACAUUAGGGUUCUCAAGGAACAUCUCGGGGAACAGGAGGUUUCCAUCUCAUUGAUUCUUGACUCAGUUGAAGAGGCAGACCUGGGAAAUUAUUCCUGCUACGUCGAGAAUGGGAAUGGACGCCGCCAUGCCAGUAUUCUUCUACACAAAAGGGAGCUGAUGUACACAGUUGAGCUUGCUGGUGGGCUUGGUGCUAUUCUGCUGCUGCUUGUUUGUUUAGUGACUAUCUACAAGUGUUACAAGAUAGAGAUUAUGCUCUUCUACAGAAAUCAUUUUGGAGCUGAAGAACUAGAUGGAGACAACAAAGAUUAUGAUGCAUAUCUAUCUUAUACCAAAGUGGAUCCUGACCAGUGGAAUCAAGAAACUGGAGAAGAAGAAAGAUUUGCUCUUGAGAUUCUACCAGAUAUGCUGGAAAAGCAUUAUGGAUACAAGUUGUUCAUACCAGACAGAGAUUUGAUUCCCACAGGAACCUACAUUGAAGACGUGGCAAGAUGUGUAGACCAAAGCAAGCGACUGAUCAUCGUCAUGACUCCAAGUUACGUGGUAAGAAGAGGUUGGAGCAUCUUUGAACUGGAAACAAGGCUUCGAAAUAUGUUAGUCACGGGAGAAAUCAAAGUGAUACUGAUUGAAUGCAGUGAACUACGAGGAGUUAUGAACUACCAGGAGGUUGAGGCCCUAAAGCAUACCAUCAAGCUCCUCACUGUCAUUAAAUGGCACGGACCAAAAUGCAACAAGUUGAAUUCCAAGUUCUGGAAACGUUUACAGUACGAAAUGCCUUUUAAGAGGAUUGAACCCAUGACAAACGAGCAGGUUUUAGAUGUCAGUGAGCAGGGGCCCUUUGGGGAACUGCAGACAGUCUCCGCAAUUUCCAUGGCUGCUGCCACCUCCACUGCUCUUGCCACUGCCCAUCCAGACCUGCGCUCCACCUUUCAUAACACAUAUCAUUCACAGAUGCGCCAGAAACACUAUUACCGGAGCUAUGAGUACGAUGUACCUCCUGCUGGCACCCUGCCUCUUACCUCAAUAGGUAACCAGCACACCUACUGCAACAUCCCCAUGACACUUAUAAACGGGCAGCGGCCGCAGACAAAAACUAACAGGGAGCAGAACCCCGAAGAGGCUCACACAAACAGUGCCAUACUGCCCCUCCUGCCACGGGAGACCAGUAUAUCCAGUGUCAUUUGGUGACCGACAUGCAAGGGGCUGCCAAUCCCCUUGAGUAGGAGCAGAGUCUGCAGUCUGGUGCCUGGAACUACAUCCUCGACUGCUGCUGUUAAACAUGCAUUACAAUCGAUAACAAACGAGGAAAAACAGGGUCUUGUACAUAUGUUUUUGCAAUUUCUUUGUAGCAUCAGUCUUCCUGUUUUACCCAUGUCUCUUCCCAUUCACAUUUUUGACUUUGUUUUAUAUGUCAUUGGAAUUUGUAUAUUUACAUUUUUUUUAAAUGAAGAGACUGCUGUAUAGAUAGGAAACUUUUUUGCUUCAUUAGUAUAGUUUUAGACUUUUUUGUUUAUUUGUUUAUAACCUCUCUUGGGAAUGCUUGGACAAAGCUAUGUUGAUAUCAGAAGCACCAUCCAUUUUGUUGGCCUGCCUAGCCAUGCCUGCUGCAGCUCACCUCUUUUGGAGAGUUUUUGUUCUUAUAAGGACCCCACUGCUCACUGAGAGCUCCAGUUUCAUUUCUACUCCCGUAAUGUGCACUGCUCCUUCCCUGCCCUUACAAAGACCCCCAUUUGGGGUAACACUACAGUCUGACCAUCUAACAUGUAACUUGGUAGAUACCUGUCAAACAAGAGAAAAUACCCAAUCUGUAUCGGUUGCUUCACAGUAGUCACUAGAGUGUGUAGAAACUAUAGCCGGUUUGGUUUUUGCUUUCUUGGGUUUGGUUUCUUUCUUAAUUCUUAUUUUAAGAAUGAGUUGGUUGUAUGCCUUUUAUAAAUAUAAAAGCAACCCUAUUUUUAACACGUCCUGGAAAAGUAUUAAUGUGGUUGUGGAUUUUAUUUUUUAAGCACUCUUUUUUUUUUUUCCUUUCUCAACUUUCAAAAUCUUGCAAAUAACAUUUGCAAAUGUCAGGCGAGUAAGACAAGUGAGGCAAUAGACACUGAAGUGCAGAGUCCUGCUGAUAUGUACAGUGAUGACUUUCAAACCAAAGGGGAAUAAAAAAGACAGUAUUGUAGAUGGUUUGUCACUUUGUAUUAUAGAAAGUGUUAUUUUCAAAAAAAAAAAAGUAAGAGCAAAACAUUAUUUUCCUGUGGAUUUCAGAGUCCCUUGUAUUUUAAUGUUCCAAAAACUGUAUUUGCUUUAAAAUUAUAUAUUCAAGAUUAAGAAAUCUUCUUUCAUUUGGUUUUAGCUUGUAAUGAUAAAUAAAACUUUAUUAAUUUCAACAUGAUUUCAGUAAGAACUCAGGCAGAAAAAAUGACGUGAUUACCAGAAAUAUAACUGUUUUCAGAAUAAACUUUAUUUAUACAAAAUUAAUAUUUAAAUCAGACCUGGAAGUAUUAAAAAAAUUUAUCCACUUUAAUGAAUAAAUAAAUUAGUUUUAUUUUUAUGUAUGAUUCCAUCUUUGAGGAGUUGCAAAUAAUGCAUGUACCAUGGCUGACAGGGAAGAAUAAAAGCCCACCACUGUGUUUACAUCCAGACAUCUUUGAGACAAAUUAAAUAAGCACCUUGCUCAUACUUAUGUUUUAAAUAACGGAAAGUCCUUUCUGGUUUUAGAAGGAGAGAAGAGUGGUGCAGCUCUACAACAAAUUCAGGCCAAGCUCUCUGCUGGCAGAAGCAGAGGAGCUGGAGUAGAGUUACUGGUUGCAGCACACUGUCAUAGAGCCUUGGGUUUGAUUUACCCUGGCAGAAGUGUAACUGGUGUCCUGGCACACAGGCCUCAAAGUCUAUUUAUGUAAUUAAUUAGCUGUAGGUGUUUUUGUGGCAGCUGAAUGAUAUCGGCCAAUAUAAUGGAUGUUGUGGGGUUUGCUCAUCAUGAUUGUCACAACAAGAAAAGUAGAGCUUAUAAUAUUUUGGUCUUAAUGAGAAGUGAGUGGAGAAGCUGCAGUUUGGGGGAUAUUUGUGGGAGCAAUCCAGAACUGACAGUGUGGGAGGAAAUGACUGUGCUUCUGUUGUGAAAGUCAAGAAAUCUCAGCAUCUGCAUAAGAAGCUAAUAGACCUUUGAGGUGUACACUUUUAUUUGCUUAAAAUGUUUAUUUCUCUGAGAUUAAGCUCAAGUCCUUUUCUACAAUGCAUUCUUUAUUAUAGUGUCUCUGGACAUGUGCCAAACAUCCACAAAAUGGAAAUUAGGCUGCCAGGUCACAUACAAUUUUAAGAGAACUUUGCACGUUUGCUUUAAGAAAGCUAUUAUUUAUUUGCUCUUACAGACACCUGUCAGGCACUGAUGGCAUUUUCCUUCAUUCAUUUGGAUGCCUGUCCUGGUUUUCACUGGGCUGAGGGGAGGAGAAGGGGAGGGGUUGAGUGAGUGGCAGUGCGGUGCUUAAUUUCCAUCUGGGCUUAAAUCACAACAGUCCCAAAUACCCCAGGAUCCCCUGAAAGCAAUGCAUUAUUCUUUUCCCCUUUACAUGCCCUGGUGUAAAGACUGGGAUGUGGAAUAAAUGUAGGAUGUAAUUAUUUGACAAUGGGUAGGUCUUUCCUUAGCCACAUGGGAAGUAAUUUUCUGUUCUUCUAUUUUUAGUGUAGAUUUAAGCACUUUGAAUAGCAUGAUUCAGGGAUUGACAAAUACUAUUUGAUAUUCACACUACUUAAAGGAAGAUUUUCUUAUAAUGUUUUGUCAUAAUAUUAAAUAUAAGAAAAACAAGCAAACAAAAAAAAGAGAAACCACAAAACCUGAAAUAAGUGGAGAAGUUGUCUGUGGCUUUAGAAACAUUCCUCCUUAGUAUUCCCCUUCUGUGAACAGCUCUGUGUGGGGAACAGUGAAGGAAAGUGUUGUGUGUUCACGUGCUCUGUGUUUGACAAACAUUCUGUUGGAAUGCAAAAUAAAAUGGAAACAAACAAACAAGCAAACAAACCAAAACCAACAAAAAUUGUCAUUGCCCUAGUGCUUAGGCUCCAUCAUUUUUGGUGAAGGUGUUUUAGUUUUUGACAAUGCAGCCUGAAAUGUGCAUGCAAUAGCCACAUAUAAGGUUUAGCCAUAAGCAAAUAGCACUUUAUUUUAAAAAAGGCACAGUGUGAUGAUCAGAAAAACUUACUCUGCCUGGUCAAUAACUUUGGGUCUGUAUGUGGAUUCUAUGCACGUGAAUUAUUCAAGUGUGGUGCUCUGUCUUUAUAAGGCUCUCUCCAAUCAUGGUAGUCCAUGUUAUAAAAGGACUCUUCUUACACAGCUUGUGUAAAUUCAGUAUAUAGGUUCUUCAGAGAGGAUACAUAGCUGGAAAGAAAUGGGAGACUGUAUAGAAUGCAGCUAAUUGUUUUGAAGACAAAAUGCAUUGCUGGGUCUAAUUCUGUUCUCAGUUACAGCACUAUGAUUUGAGAGUAAAUCUAAUAAAACUGAAUGAGUGCAGGAUUGAUUUGUGUUGGAGAAGAAAGCUGGAAAAACAAAGAGAAAAAGGAAUUCAUAUUUGCAGUCUGUGACAAGCUGAAAUCUUGGCUGCAAGGAAAGGAACAGCAAAAUGCCUUCUGGAUUUCAGUGGGGACCCAGUUCUCACCUGGCAGCCAACAUCAAACGCUUUCUAUAUGAUCUGUUUCAGAGUUCAGCAUUGUUAGGCUAAGACACAAACUAAGAUUUUUCUAUUUCUGCACAGCUUUGAAAACCAUGUGUAUUUUACAUAAUGGGUGAUAAUCAGUUCCAUAAUAGUCAGAAAGCUUGUUAUACCCGCCUGAUCCAAAUUCACAAGGCUUUAUUUGGAUAUUGUGCAUUAAUGACUCAUUUAAAUUAUAGAUAGAGCAGUGAGAUUUGGGAAA